AGUUUUACAAAGUCGCGGUAUGCUUGAGUCGCCCGCAACCGUAGCUUCUGCAACCCAAAGGUUGGUCCCCAGAAGGCAAACAAUAGAAGAUGCUUAUUCACCACCAGCGAAUUUCUUAGAGAUUGAUGUGUGCAACCCUCUUACUCACGAGGAUGGUAAAGACCGCUUCACAGACUACGAAGUUAGUCUCAGGACAAAUUUACCCAUAUUUGCACACAAAGAGUCAUCGGUUCGUCGUAGAUACAGCGAUUUCAAAUGGCUUCGUGACGAACUGGACCGUGAAAGCAAGGUAUGUGACUUAUUUAGUUACUUUGUCUGCCGAUUUUUGGGAGAAGAUCAAUUUUUAAGGGAACUCUUAUAGAAACUCUUGGGGUAGUUUAGCCAAAGGCCUGGAAAUUUCACCUGGUUUGGGGAUUUUCUCCAGGAUUACUAAUCACUCUGGAGAAAUCUAUUUAAGUUCCUUGAUAAAACAUCGAAUUGUUCUCAAUAUUUUUGGUGAAGCAUGUAGACGGCGAGACUAAACUAUGGAUGUGUUCCUGUACCGUACUCAUUAUGAUUUUAGAACUUCUGAACCUAUAUCUGACCUUGAGGAGUUUUUGAACCGUGUAAAAGAACAGUAUCUUUAAUGUUUGUGAUUCGUAUUAUGUAUUUCACUGUAUACCAACUGUCUUCUGAUUGGCUAAUAUUUCUCAAAGUUAUUUAAUAUUCGUUCAAGGGUCGGCAGUAUAGUGUAGUCUCGCCGAGUUUUCUGUGCUGUCCGAUUUGACACAGUGUGCGUACGCUGAAGACUCCAAUGUGUUGUCUGGAGAAAGGUUUCAGUAGACUUGGGACAGUAUUUCGCGCACUGGAAUCGUUGGCAAUGGUGGCACUUGAAGAAGCAGUCAAAAGCCGAAGUUUAGGGUUGAAAGCCGAUGUAGGAGGAAUAAUAGGAAUUGAAGAGGGAGAUUGAUUAUGAAUACAGUGAUCUUGAGUGCUGUUGGAGACAUGAGGGUGGUCAUCACUUCCCGGUCGCCCACACUGUGGAAGAGUUCUUCUAGCGGUACCUGAAAAGGAAAUCGGAUUAGAGGUAAUCUUAGUGACCUGAGAGCGUGAUCUCAGUACCCAAGGGACAACUGCUUAAGACUGAUCACACACAACCUUUUUGUGAGUAGUUUUCGUUUGAACUCCGUACUUGUUGGGGCUUUAUCGUUGGAGACGGAAAUCCGUGGAAUAAGGCGAGGUGUGUAUAUUUAGGGUCGACCUUUUCUAACCCCACCCCUCCUUGUGGGGAAACAGCACCGGUGUCAUGCUGGUUGUCUGAAGGAAACACCUUACUGCUGCCACAACUCUGUACAGUCAACAGUGCGAAUUCGGACCUUGGGUUUGCUGCUUUUAGUCUUACCGCUCUUCAACUGACGUGUCUGACAUGGUAAAACCUUGAGGAACAAUUGUUUCAACCAGUAUAGCUCUAUUGGUUCCUCACGAUAGACAAUUCCAACCACCACGUCAAGGGAGGAGCAACGUUUGGGAACUAAGGUUAGGGAGUCAAAUAGUCGAGCACGUCGACAACUUCACUUAUCCUGGAAGUCUGAUCAGCCAUCUCGGUUUGGUGUCUUACGAAAUCUCGGCACUUAUUGAGAAGGCUCGUUUGACCUUUGUCAGCUUACGUCACCUAUGGUGAAGUCGAUAUAACCGUCUAUCAAUAAAAGGACGAAUAUACUGCGCAACAGUUCAUUCUGUUCUACUCUGCGGCUAUGAAACGUGGCCAUUAGGUACAGGGGAUACUCUUAGGUUACAAAUGCCUUAGAAAUAUUGCUCGCAUCUGCCGGGAUUACCGGGUAAGUAAUAGUGAGAUCAGGUUCAGAGUAUCAGGGGAUGAUAUUAAAUCAGUUGAUGAGGUUGUGAAUCUUCACCGACUGAGAUGGUCGGUCCACGUACUACUCAUGCCCAAUCACCUACUUCCACGGCACACGAUACUUAAUAGUGUUGAAAACCGAUGGAAGAGAGUGGCGGCCAAACCAAAGCAUGGCAUCAGUCCACAAAAUCACUAACUUCUGGUCUUAACCAUGUUAGUAGAUGCAGAUUACGUGGUUGGGGCCCGCGCGACUAUCGUAACUAAUGGUUGGAGACUCUGAGUGACAUGGCUCAGAAUCGAUCACAAUGGCGUGGGUGUAUAUACUUUCCGUCUUAUCUUAAACCGUGAGAUUAAAAUUAUUUUAUACCUUCCUUUCUACGAACUAAUUCUUUCUUCCUGUACUAUAUCCUUAUAUGCAGUCCUUCUUUUAUAUAUUACUACAAUUGAAGUAACUACUAUGAAUUUGGUGUUCAUCUUGUGCUAAUAAGGUGUGGCAACUUUGACCGAUGCACAUAUGUACCUGGUCUUACGUUGUAGCUGACUGACUGAAUAUCAAAGUCAGAAUCUUGAAUACGAAUGUCAAGACGGUUGGAGGACUACCAGAACCAUCAAAAAUGUACAAGUAUUUAUAAACAGCUGUGUACGUAAGAUACUGAAUGUCCGCUGACCGGAUACCAUCAGGAACAGUGUACUAUAAGAAAGAAUAAACCAGCUUCCAGCAAAGGAGAAAAUUAGGAAAAGACUUUGUUAGUGAAUAGGGCACACAUUGGGGAAAUUAUCAAACUACAUCGCGAGGCAAGUGCUAACUUUGAAUCCUGAAGGGAAACAUGAAAGAGGAAGGCCAAAAAACACAUUGCGUCGAGAGUUAAAUGCAAACAUGAAACGGAUAAAUAGCAACUGGAAAAGAUUGCCCAGGACAGAGCUGAAUGUAGAGUGCUGGUGAGGGGCCUAUGCUCCUCCAUGAGAGGUAAAAGGUGUAAAUAAAUAAGUAGUUGCUACCAUUGACGAGGAAUAAUCCAUUAACGUUUAUGAUCAGAUACCAUCGGCCUGUUUUCUACCUUUAGGCGUCAUGAUUCAUAACCAAUUGCUGCAUAGUAGGCUAACCCGCCGUCUUUCGUUUAUAUCCUAACAGGUGUACAACAUAGAAAAUAUAGGGAUCUGCGUUUUUUUCGUUUGCCAGCCUCGGUCUCCCUACUUGUUUAUGGUUAGAUUUAUGGUUUAAAAGUAUGCAAGUUUUGAAAUGGGAAUAUAACAAAUUAAUUUUAUUCUUAUUUUACAUUUCAACAGAUUGUUGUUCCUCGAUUACCAAGCAAAGCAUGGAAACGCCAAUUACCUUUUCGGGCAGAUAAAGGUAUAUUUGAUGAGGAUUUCAUCGAGGAGCGACGAAAAGGACUAGAAAAUUUCAUUAACAAGGUUGCUGGACAUCCAUUAGCUCAAAAUGAAAAAUGUUUACAUAUGUUUCUUCAAGAAAAAGUCAUUGAUCGUAAUUGUCGACUCGGAAAGUUACGUAACAUUUAAUUAAAGGAAUCAAAUAUAAUUCAAUUUACAAAAUCAAUUCAUUCAAUAUAAUCUGAUUGUUGCUGUGAAUUGUUUCAAAUGAGCUAGAAGAUUUAUCAAAUAAACCUGGUGGUGCUUAUAUAUUCACUUAUCGCUUUCUUCUUUUACUGUUUUCAUUUGUUUUGUCAUUAAUUGUAUAUUUUCUUAUAUAUAUAAUAUAUCUUUUAGAGUCAUAUUCAUGUGCUUAUCCAACCUUUUUCCCCAAUAUUUCUCUGUUUUUUCCCAUGGACAAACUACUUCACAUUCAUAAAACGCUAAUAUAUUGUUAGUCAUAGAGAGGAUUACUCAAUUCUGUCAGUUCUCUAUUCAUCUCUGUAUUAAUGUGGUAUGGUAACUCGAACUGAUGUAUGUACGUACAAAGUUCUACGUUGUGAUCGACUGACUGACUCUCUAUUUAAGAAACUUUUCGUCAUAUCUCCAAGUAUCAAUAUAUUCGUUUGCAUACAUGUGUGUGUAUUCAUUUGCCUAUCUCUAGGAUCAUCAGUAAAUGUACUAAUCAUUGUUUAUAUAUAUAUAUAUUAAUACUGUGAUUCAUUGAUUACUUUGCUAAUAAAUAUGAUUAAUGAGAUCUAAAAUGUGCUCUUUUAUUAUUGUUUUUCAAUAUAUAUAUAUCUAUAUAUAUGUGUGUUGACGUUUAUCAUGCUUUGUUUUGAUCUCUUUUGCUUUAUUUAGAUAAGUUUCAUAAUCUUCAACUUAUUGUUUUCUUUUCUUUGUUUUCAUUUAAUUCAUCAUUUCACCUGAAUAACACUAUUUAUACAUGUAUGAUUUCACUCAUACACACACACACACGCAUAUAUAUGUGUGUGUGUAUGAAAAGUGUUAUUGUCAUGGUGAUUAUUAAUGAAGCAUAAAUUUUAUUGUUGUGAUAAAUGUAAUUUUCUUUUGUCUCAGAGUGUAUUUUGAGUUUAUC